UCAUUAUAACACUCAAGUCCAAAUGUAUCUAAUCUAUCUAUAAUGUACCUGUAAUAAAAUAUUGUCCUUUUUUGUGUGCAGGUUUAUUUUAAUUCCCACAAAGAGGAGAAAUCCAGUCUAAAGAGCCAUGGCAGCUAUAGUCACCGGGCUAAUCCCAAUUCUCCGUACUGCGGUGGACUCCACUGCCACUUAUAAAGGUCGCACCAUGUGGUUCGGCUUGCUCUGCAUCCGUCUAGUAACUGUCUUUUUGGCUCAAUUUCCAUGGAAAAGUAUAAGUGAGGAUUUCCACUGUAACACCUCCUCACCAUACUGCACUAAAGCUUGCUUCAAUAAACACUUUGACAGUUCUAUAGUGAUGGCUUGGCAUUUCAUCUUCAUCCUCCUUGUGCUCUCCGUCCUUCUCAUGGAGCUGUUUUCCUCCCAUCUUCGGUCUUCCUUCCAGAAGAAGAAGGAGAGAGAAAUUGCAUCUCAAAGCGAGCAGGGAGGUGUCACUGAUCCUACUGUAACUAUAGGCGGCAGGAUGAUGAUAGAUCUCCACAAGAGCAAAAGCAGUGUGAUGGUUUAUUUGUUCUGUGUGAUGCUGCGGAUUGCAGUGGAGCUUUUGUUUGUCUAUGUCUUGCUUUCCUGGGUUCUACCCAAAUUGAACGAAGAGCCACACAUUUGUGAAGCACAUACAUUUGAUGGCUGUUCAGUACAGCAGUGCGUGGUCCGAGGAAUAGCUGAAAAGAAAAUGUCUGUAUAUGCUCUACUGUUUGCAUCUGCUUUGGUUAUUAUUACAAGCAGCUUGUUCUGUUUCUACUCAGUAGCCCACUAUCUCUGUGAUGGUUAAACAAAAGAUCUUGGUGAACGAAUUUAUUAAGUAGCAUUAUUGCGUAUGUACUUAAACGAUUACAAUUUUCAAUGCUUAAUUAUGGCUUGCUGUGUAUGAUAUCCAAUUAAUGCAAUAUGUUUUUAUUUAGUAUGAUUGGAUAUGACCUUUCAAAUGUAACUUUUGCAUUAAACUACACUGAAAUAAGUGAAGUUUCAUAAACUAAUUUCGAGAGGAGCACGUGAUAUGAUUGAGCACGUCUGGCCGCUCAUCUGUAAUCAGUAAUAAUCCAAUCAGAGUGAUCCUAGUCUACUAUAAAUGGAUCAAUUUCUCCCUACUGUUCUAUCUUCGUUUGGAAGAAUCCCCCCUUCCACCCCAUCUCCUCCUUUUCCUCCCUUUUCUAAAGGGGGAGCUCUCGAGACCUACCUGAUCUCGGAUCUCCUGAUAUGCUUAUCGACCGGGCGGGAGCCCUGGGCUCAAAUAUCUCCGAGCUCAGGGUUCUCUCCCGGGACGGCAUGCCAAACCUGCUUUAUACGCCAAGCAUAUCUAAGUGGGAACUCUUGAAUUAUAUUUCUUAUUUUGGCUAGUCAUUUUUUGACAUGUUUUCUUAUACACAGAUUUUCAAAACAACACAUUUAUUUGAGAACAACUGAAAACUAAGCAGACUUGU